GCUAAGGUCGCUACCUGACCUGACCUUGCACAGCAACGCAACCUGGUUCGACGGCAAGCCACAACAUCUAGUAGAACUCAGGCUGUCCAAGAGGUCGGUGCGCUCGCCAACACAACUACUGACGCCUCACUCCAACAUUACUUGACAUCUUGCCUACUUGCUUGCCAGCUUGCCUGUCUGUCUGUCUGUUUGUCUAUCUACCUGCCUACCUGCCUGCCUGUACUACUGCUACCUACCUCCGAGGUACUGUAGGGACCUGACCUUACCUCCUACCGCAGCACCCACGCUCCUUAUCUGCCUGCACACCUCUACCCACCCGCUGCCUUGACUCUCUCCCCCCACCUCCACCACCGCGCGGUGGCCACGAACACCCAUCCUCUCGCACCACAUUGUAGCUGAGGCAGCCCCCAACUCAUACCAGAGUCCGAGCCAGUCGCGAUGGAGGGCACCGCCAAGGGCGUCGAGGAGCUCAAGGCACAGGGUGUCGUCGAAGCUGCUCAGGAUCCCAACAGCAGCGUGAAUGCCGCCGACGCGGAGAAGGCGCUGAAGGACCAUGCCCAAGCUGGUGGUGCUGCCGCCUUUGAAUUUGACCCAGACGCCAGUCCGGAAGAGAAGGCCGCGCAGGCGAAGAACCGAGCGGGACCACGAAUACAUCGCAAACACCAGACUGCUGCCCUGGUGACCGACUCCGAUGACGGCGUCGACAAUCCGGAUCUCCCACCCCCGAGCAAAGAGGGCGCCAUAUCGACCAUUGAGGACCCUGAUACCGAUGCGAAUGGAGCUGUCGACGGCGACCAGCAAUAUGCAAAAGUGGGCUGGGCGCCACGAUUCGGCAACCCAGGCGAGAACGACGACGACGAAGAUGAUGGGCGGGACCACCAGACAUUCUUGGAAGGCAAGAUUGACGAGAAGUUCUUUGGAGAUUGGUACCAUAACGCGGGUCUCAUCAUCUUUGCAUGCUUGAGCUCCUGGACUAUUGCAGUCUUGGGUGGAGGAUUGGGUUGGAUCUUCAUUCUCAUGACCGUCUGCGGCACAUACUACAGAACGUCCUUGCGCAGAGUUCGACGCAAUUUCAGAGACGAUAUCAUGCGGCAAUUGACUAAGAACAAGUUGGAGACCGACGUCGAAUCGCUCGAAUGGAUCAACAACUUCAUGUCCAAGUUCUGGCCCAUCUACGCCCCCAUUCUAUGCGCGGGCAUUGUGUCCUCUGUGGAUCAGGUUCUGAGCACGUCUACUCCGGCAUUUCUGGACAGCAUGCGCAUGAAGUUCUUCACGCUCGGCACGAAGCCGCCACGCCUGGAGCACGUCAAAACAUAUCCGCGGGAAGAGGACGACAUUGUGAUCAUGGACUGGAAAUUCAGCUUUACUCCCAACGAUGUCUCGGACAUGACCACACGACAGGCGAAGCUCAAGGUCAAUCCCAAGAUUGUCCUCGAAGUUCGCAUCGGCAAAGCCAUGAUCUCCAAGGGUCUGGACGUCAUUGUGGAGGACAUGGCGUGUUCGGGCAUCAUGCGAGUCAAGAUGAAGCUCAUGCUGUCGUUUCCCUUCGUAGAGAGAGUCGAGAUUUGCUUCCUGGAAAGGCCCAUGAUCGACUAUGUUUGCAAGCCACUGGGUGGAGACACUCUCGGCUUUGACAUCAACUUUGUUCCCGGGUUGGAGAGCUUCAUUCAAGAGCAGAUCCACGCGAAUCUGGGCCCGAUGAUGUACUCUCCCAACGUCUUCCCUAUCGAACUCGCCAAGAUGCUUGCUGGUACACCUGUCGAUCAAGCAAUUGGUGUGCUGCAGAUCCAAUUCCAUGGCGCGCAUGGUCUGAAGAACCCCGACAAGUUCUCUGGAACGCCAGAUCCGUAUGCAACAGUAUCGAUCGACAAUCGUGAAGUCCUCAGCAAGACGAAGACCAUUGAAGGCAAUGCAAACCCGAGAUGGAACGAGACGGUGAGCAUCAUUUUGACGAGUCUCAGAGAGCCGCUCACGAUUGGCGUCUUCGACUACAACGAGUUUCGAAAGGACAAGGAGUUGGGCACCGCGACAUUUGAUCUGGAACAGCUUACCAAGGAGCAAGAGUAUGCAAAUCAGAACCUGGAGGUCAUUGCCAACGGCCGACCACGGGGCACCGUACAGUGUGACAUUCGAUUUUUCCCCGUCAUUGAAGGCAGGAAGCUUGAUGAUGGCACUGAGAUACCACCACCGGAGAGCCUCACAGGUAUUGCUAAAUUCACUGUCGAGCAAGCCAAGGACCUUGAUGGGAGCAAAUCCAUGAUUGGCCAGCUCAACCCGUAUGCCGUGUUGCUUCUCAAUGGAAAAGAGGUGCAGAUUUCGCAGAAGCUGAAGCGUACAAACAACCCGAUCUGGCCCAAUGCUUCCAAGGAGAUGCUCAUCACUGACCGUAAGAAGGCCAAGCUGGGUCUAAUCAUCAAAGAUGACCGCAAUCUGGCUUCGGAUCCUAUCCUCGCUAGUUAUCAGAUCAAACUUGACGAUAUGCUUAAUCUGACCACCAAAGGCCAGGAAUGGUACAAUCUGGCAGGUGCGAAAACCGGGCGCGCGAAGAUGUCCUUGCAAUGGAAACCAGUGGCCCUCAAGGGCUCUGUUGGUGGCAAUGGCUACAUUGACCCGAUUGGUGUCAUGCGUUUCCACUUCCAGAAUGCAAAGGAUCUCAAGAACUUGGAUACUCUCGGAAAAUCGGAUCCCUACGCUCGUGUUCUUCUGUCAGGCAUCCAAAAAGGGAGAACAGUCACUUUCAAAAACAAUCUCGAUCCCGAGUGGGAUGAGAUCUUUUACGUACCGGUGCACUCAACGCGUGAGAAGCUUGUGGUCGAGGUCAUGGACGAAGAAAAUGUUGGCAAAGAUCAGACCAUGGGCCAAAUCGAGAUUGAUGCCUCCGAGUAUAUCACUCAGACCGAAACGGGCGAAUAUGCGGUUCACGACAGCAAGCAUGAAGUCAUCUCGGCGCCACUGCGUGUUGGGCGCAGUCCUCCCAAGGGUGUCCUGAACUUCACUGUUGCGUUCUAUCCCACGUUGAACGUGGCGGAUCCAGAGGACGAGCAGGAAAAAGCCACUACGACUGAGGAAGCAGCAGUCAAUGGCAAUGGUACGGGCCUCAACGGUCACAGCAGCGUCAAGUCGAGUGAUAGCACGUCCGAAGAAGCAGCAAUGCGCACUGCACUUGCCGAGAACGAGAAUGAGCAGACCGAAGCAGAAGAAGUGAAGCAGCAGGAAGUUCCAAAGAUCAAGAUUGGGCCGGAGGAUCUUGUCCAUUAUGAAUCUGGUCUCAUCGUCUUCACUAUCCAUGAAGGCGAUCUUACGCACACCAACAGUUACCUGCAGGUGCUCAUGGACGACAUGAAAUAUCCCACUUGGCAGAGCGCCAAGAUGAAAACCAAAAAGCACUCGUUCAAUGAGACCGGUGACGCUAUGGUCCGGGAGUUGGACUUGUCUCGCAUCACGCUCAGACUCGUCAAUGAUCCUGAAGCCAAGAGUGACAAAGACGAUGGCAUCAAGGCCAAGGUUGCAGCUCCGACGAUUGAGACUCUCCGGCGUUGUCUGUACACUCCACAAGUCAUCCCCAUCAAAGAUGAGGACGGGCACGAGAGCAAGGUUACAGUAUCGAUGCGAUACCUUCCUGUCAAGAUGCAACUCGAACCGAGCGAAUCAUUCAACAACCAGGGAAACCUCCGUGUCGAGGUGCUGGAUGCCGCCGAUCUGCCUGCUGCGGACCGAAACGGGUACUCUGAUCCGUUCUGCAAGUUUGUGCUCAAUGGUAAGGAAGUCUAUAAGACGAAGACGCAGAAGAAAACGCUUCACCCGGCGUGGAAUGAGUACUUUGAAGUGCCCAUCAUCAGCCGUACGGCCGCCAAAUUCCAGUGUAAUGUCUACGAUUGGGAUUUCGGCGACAAGAACGACUUCCUCGGAGGUGCAGCCAUCAACCUGGAUGUACUCGAGCCGUUCCAAGCACAAGAGGUGGCUGUCAACCUCGAAGGCACAAGCGGUGUAGUCAGACUGAAGAUGCUCUUCAAGCCCGACUACAUUACACGAGCACGACAAGGAUCUUCCACUUUCAGCGGUACUUUCGCUGCUCCAGGCAAGAUUGUUGGUGCUCCCGUGAAGGGUGUCGGCAAGGUGGGAAGCGCGAUCGGCGGAGGCAUCUUCAGCGGUGCCAAGUUUGCUGGACGCGGCUUCAAGCGCAGGACUGUCAGUGGAGCGCAGGACGCGCCGGAGCCUGAUUUGCGGGCCACCAGUAUGGAUACAGGUGCCGGAGAAAGUCUCAGUAGGCCGUCCACCUCAGCGAACGGCGGCCACGCCAAUGGCGACUCGAUUAAUGGCAUCGUUGGUAGGGACUCGAUGCAGCCGCCCCGUACACCCGGCGGCCAUGAUCGGUCAAGGAGCUUUGGACAAGUCAGCCCUGCUGUGACUGGCGAAGUAGGCACUGCCUCGAUCAGCAUCGUGAGCGCUUCCGGCUUUCCUGAGGACACGAAGUUGGAAGUGCACGUCCACCAAGGCGGCAAGGAGAUCAUCAAGACGAAAGCUAUCAAGGCCAAGACGGGUGAUGCCAUCUGGGACGACCAUGAAAAGAAGGUGGAGUGCAACGCCGCUGCUCCUUUCAGAGUCGAGGUCAAGAACGAUAAGGUCUUCAAGGACGAGACACUCGGCGAGAAUACCUUCUACAUCAACGACUCAGCUACGGGUGGUGAGCGUGAAGUACGCUGUGGCACCGGUAUGGUUGUCAUUCGUACAUCCUUUCAACCCGCCGAAGUGAGCUCCGCAAAUCUGAGCACGCAAUCGCCAGCAGGCAAGAAAGGCUUUGGCAAGUUGCUGAGCCGGCCAUCGGGCAGAGACCGGGAGCGAAGUGUAACACCCUCCGGAUAGAGCCCCGAGGCACAUGCCAGCGCGAUAAUGGAAGGCGCGGCCGAUCGCGAACAGGGUCUAGGACGCAGGGAGAGUCUGAAAGCCAAGUUCAAUUUUCGCGGGCACCAAAUGAAGGAAAAGACCAAGGACGUAUUUCGAAGAGGCAGCAACAGUUCGAAGCAGUCACUGCAAUCAUUGCGAUCGUUUCGAGGUGACAGCAUCUUCACAAUCAACAACGAUAUGAGCUUGAUAGAGGAUGGACCGGAAUGGGGUCCAGCCACGAUACCGCGAACACCCAAUCGAGCUUCGACAAUCACUACGGGAUCGACGAGCAAGAUCCGCCGAGAAAAGUAAGCUUGUUCGUUAUUGUUCCCUGUUUGUAAUCAUUUUUGUUUGGUCUUUCUUUGAGAGCCUAGGCAUUGCAAACCAGCAUGCCCGGUCUGCAGCUGGAGCGUAGGAGUUUGGGGAGUGAUUAGCGAUCAGAUACCAUCAAUUGCGUGUUUGCGCGCGCGCAAAAGGGCCGAACUUUGUUGUUGUCGUUUUGUGUAUGGUGUAGAUUGAAGGACAGGAAUUAUAUACAUCGUGUAUUGACUGAGUGAGAGUGAGAGACCCAAAAAUGACACAUUUGUAUCCAC